AUGAAGCAUAUCAGAAACACUGAGUUCACAGAUAAUAUUGAGAUGAACAUCUCCCUGUUUUUCCUAUUUCUAGCAAUCUGUCUUUUUACUCUGAUAGGAAAUUUGGGACUGGUGGUAUUGGUCAUUGGGGAUUCCCAGCUCCACAACAUGUACUAUUUUCUGAGUGUGUUGUCAUUCAUGGAUGCCUGCUAUUCUUCAGUUGUCACCCCCAAAAUAUUGGUCAAUUUACUGGCAGAGAAUAAAGCCAUUUCAUUUCUUGGAUGUGCAAUACAGAUGUUUCUGACUGUUACUUUUGGGAUGACAGAAUGCUUUCUCUUGGUUGCAGUGGCUUAUGAUCACUAUGUAGCAAUCUACAACCCACUACUAUGUUCAGUUAACAUGUCACUCCGAGUCUAUGUGCCACUCAUCACUGCUUCCUAUGUUGGUGGCAUUUUGCAUGCUGCAUUACACACAGUAGCCACUUUCAGCCUAUCCUUCUGUGCAUCCGAUGAAAUUAGACAUGUCUUUUGUGAUAUCCCUCCACUCCUCACUAUUUCUUGUUCUGACACUCAUAUCAACCAGCUUCUACUCUUCUUCUUUGUUGGCUCUAUUGAGAUAAUUACUAUAUUGAUAGUCUUAGUCUCUUAUGGGUUUAUUCUGUUGGCCAUUCUGAGGAUUCAUUCCUCAGAAGGGAGGCAAAAAGUAUUUUCCAUCUGUGGAUGUCACCUAACUGGGGUGUCAAUUUACCAUGGAACCAUCCUCUUCAGGUAUGUGAGGCCAAGUUCCAGAUAUGCUUUGGACCAUGAUAUGAUAGUGUCUGUAUUUUACACUAGUGUGAUUCCCAUGCUGAAUCCUGGCAUCUACAGUUUGAGGAACAAAGAUGUAAAGAAGGCAAUGAAAAAAUUGUUUGAGAAAAAUUGGUUUAUCAAUAAAGUAUAUUUUUGGCAUUGA